AGGUCUGAAGACUUGCGCCGUGAAUUUGGUCGUUACGGGCCUAUAGUUGAUGUAUACGUUCCACUUGACUUCUACACUCGUCGUCCCAGAGGAUUUGCUUAUGUUCAAUUUGAAGAUGUCCGUGAUGCAGAAGAUGCUCUCCAUAAUUUGGAUCGAAAGUGGAUUUGUGGUCGGCAAAUAGAAAUCCAGUUUGCACAGGGGGAUCGGAAGACACCAAACCAAAUGAAAGCCAAGGAAGGGAGAAACCUAUACAGUUCUUCUCGUUACGAUGACUAUGACAGAUAUAGGCGAUCUAGAAGUCGGAGUUACGAAAGGAGACGGUCUAGAAGUCGUUCUUUUGAUUACAGCUAUAGAAGAUCGUAUAGUCCCAGAAACAGUAGACCUACUGGAAGACCUCGUCGUAGCAGAAGCCAUUCGGACAAUGAUAGGUUCAAACACCGCAAUCGAUCUUUUUCAAGAUCUAAGUCCAAUUCAAGAUCACGAUCCAAGUCACAGCCCAAGAAAGAAAUGAAGGCUAAAUCACGGUCUAGGUCUGCAUCUCACACCAAAUCUAGAGGCACCUCUAAAACAGAUUCUAAAACACACUAUAAGUCCAGCUCAAGAUAUGAAAAGGAGUCGAGGAAAAAAGAACCAGCUAGAUCCAAAUCACAGUCAAGAUCACAUUCUAGAUCUAGGUCAAAAUCCAGAUCAAGGUCAUGGACUAGUCCCAAGUCCAGUGGCCACUAACAGUGUAUCCAUGUUGGUUUAGGCAUGUAAGAUUCAUUUACACACAGUUCAGUUUACUUAAAUUAUCAGGAAUAUGAUGUUGCAACAGCGCUAAAAAAUAUUUUCUUUGUCAGUUUUCCCUGUAGCCGACAAUGGUUAAAAUUAAAACAGUGUUGAGAAGCCACUGAGAGAGAGAGAGGGAGAGAAUGUCCACUUGGUUAAAUGUCAUGGGCAGCUACUGAUUUGGUUGUGGUGUCUCUAUGUAUAUUUUUGUAAAGAUUUGCAUUUUUAAUGCUUAGAUAUUGGUGAUGACUUGACUGAUCGUAACUUGCAACAUUGUCCUAUUAAAAAUGUCAUACCCAUAGAGAAAUUGGUACCAGUUUGUGCUGAACAGUUAAACCAACCGUUUAACUUGUUCCUUAAUGCUAAACUUUGUGAUAAAAUGGAAAACUGGACAGCUGUAGUGCAACACUGACUGCUGUGAAAUGCAGACUGGCAGUUUUAUGUUUCCGUUGUUCAAAGGCAGGUUUCUGUGUUCUCCGUGCCCACUGACACAAGUAGGUUGGUAAAUGGAGCUCUAUGGAGAGAUAUUUUUGAGAUUUCUCUUUAACCCUGCCAUCUGCAGAGAUGGUACUAACAUUGCAUGUACUACAUGGGGAGAGAGUUGGUCUUGGAAACUCAUGCAGUGUCGUGACUUGUCAGGAUAGAGGCUUCACUGCUUUCGACCUGGCUGCUAGUACUAAAUGUGUGAGGGGAAAAAAAACACCUUGAAAUGGAAAAUUAAAUUCAGAUUUCAGCAAAUGGCAGAGCAACUAAAUAUUAGGUUGUGUGUACAUUUUAUGCAGUUUUUGUAUCUAUUCUAAAUUUUAGUGAGCAGUUAACCAUAAAAUUGCUUAGUUUUCCUGCUGUUAGAUACAAGUAGAUUGUUUCAAGUUGUGUGUGUACAGUAUAUAAGAACUAAACUUUUAUGCCAAUGACUCCUGUGGUUAGUUGGUGUAUUCAUAGGUAUAAAACUGUAGCCAUCUCUCUUCCUGAGUAACAAAGGCUUGCUUUUACACAUCAAAGUAUUUGGUCGAGCAAGUCUGAAUCACUUCUUCCUCAGAAUGGAUAGUGGUUUGGUUACAAGAUUUCAUUUUACGUAAGAGCAAAUGUUUGAAGUUGGAUAUGAACAAGAGCUGCAUCUCUAGCUAUUUAGUUUAUCACUAAUACAGUAUAUUUAGUAAAUUGAAUGUGAAAAAUAACAAAACCAGUGUGUAAUCUUACCAGUAUUUCUCUAGAAGGCAAGAUACUUUGUUAUGAAAAUGGCUUUUGGCAUUGUUUUUUCUAUUUACCUUCAAAAGCCAGCAUCAAACACCUAGUGUUCCUCACUGUCUUAUGUAGUAGCAUAUAAAGACAUUGAUUUCAAAAAGUUCCUUUUUAGAGAAAUGUCUUAGGUUUUGGUUUCAGUGUUUUCAGCAGGGCCUUUAAAGAAACACAGAUGGCUUUUAAAUAUUGGCAGUGGAACGUGCUUAGGAGGUUGAUCCUAGAAUCUUUGUACAUUUGAUAGUAUUUCUAACUUUUUCUUUACUGUUUGCAGUUAAUGUUCAUGUUCUGCUAUGCAAUCAUUUAUAUGCACGUUCCUUUAAUUUUGUAGACUUUCCUGGAUGUAUAGUUUAAAAACAGCAAAAAGUCUAUUUAAAACUGUAGCAGUAGCGUGCAGCUCUAGCAGAGGAAAGUUGUGGGAUUAAACUUUGUAUUUCCUUUCUUAUAGAGGCUUCUAAAAAGGUAUUUUUAUAUGUUCUUUUUAACAAAUAUUGUGUACUACCUUUAAAACAUCAAUGUUUUGAUCAAAAUAACUAAAGACCCAGCUUAUUUUCUGCUUGCUGUAAAUUUAGCAAACAUGCUGUAAUAAAAAAAUGAAGGAAA